CAGUUUCCUAACUAGACGUCUUGAAAAUAUGACGUGUCAAAGAAAGCUGUCACUUUAAGGAAUUGCCUUUCACCACGGAGACACCCAGAGAAAAGUACAUGUCUAAUUGUUACUGUGCAGUGUUUACCUCGACAGGUCGCGGCCAGCACUUGAAAGCACCGCUUAUGACGGUCCACUCGCAGCCACGAGCACUUGAAAGCAUCACGCAAUUUCAGCACCUUAGAGCCAUCUCUUCACUUGAUGAGAGAUUUCAGAGCCUUGGAGAGGUGAAUGGCAAGUUUGGAGUACUCCUCAAUUUCCACAACUUACAAAAAGAAGAGCUGCUACAGCAGUGCCAAACCCUGAGUACUACUCUGACCCAUGACAGCCAGCUGGACAUUAAUGGCACAGAACUUGCAAUGGAAAUGCAGAAUUUCCCACCAUUGCCAUCAAAGAACAUGACAAACAUGGAACUCUUGACCUUCCUGCAUGAGAAGAAGCUGACAGAAAUUUACCCCAACAUGUGGGUUGCUCUGAGAAUCUCUGCCACUCUUCCUGUUACAGUGGCUGCUGCUGAAAGAAGCUUCUCUAAGCUCAAACUCAUUAAAACCUACCUGAGAUCUACUAUGAUGCAAGAACGUCUCAGUGGACUUUCCAUCAUAAGCAUAAAUCAUGUGGUCUCAAAUCAGUUGUCAUAUGAUGAUGUUGUAGAUGACUUUGCUGCAAGAAAGACUAGGAGAGUAAGGCUGUAGCAGGUGAUGUGAGGUUGAUGAGGGGGUGGUGUACAGUCAUUUGUAAGUCAUUCUAGUUAAUGCAAUAUUAAAAAGCACAAAUAGAGAACUCUGUAGGAUCCCCUUUUUUGUAAUAUAGUUGUUAAAGUCAUACUAGUUUGAUAUCUUGUUUUGUGCAGGGCCUUAUUUAUAUUGUAUUUUUAAUUUAUUUUAUGCAACUUGUUGACACGUUUUAUUUUGUGUUUAUGUAUCUAAAAAAUAUUGUAUUUCAUAUAUUCAUUUUUUAUUUUUUUGUAUUCAUUUAUUAAUUCAUAUUUUUUGUAUC